AUGGGUACUCAUAAAACACGAACAACUUCUUACCACCCACAAUCUGAUGGAAUGGUAGAACGAUUUAAUCAGACAUUGGAAAGGUACCUGGCAAAAGUUGUGGAAAAACGGCAACGAGACUGGGACAGGCACAUACAACCGUUUUUGUUGUCAUAUCGAAGCGCUGUUUACGAAAGUACAUCAGUGACGCCAGCUUUCGCAAACUUUGGGAGAGAAUUACGGCUGCCUGCAGACCUGAUCACCGGAAUACCACCUAAUGCCCCACGCAGUAUAACCGAUUAUGCAAAUGACUUGCGGAACAAAAUGAAUGACAUUUAUGAGCACGUCAGACAGUCGGGCCAGCAAACGUCUGAGAAGAUGAAAACACGGUAUGACCGCAAAAUGAACAACAAAGGGUUUGAUGAAGGUUCACUAGUGUGGUUACACAAUCCAGCUCACAGCAAAGGGAAAUCUCCUAAGCUUCAAGCUAAAUGGGACGGACCGUACCGGAUUGUGACAAGGAUCAAUGACGUAACCUACCGGAUACAGAAAGGUGCCAGAGGUACUCCUAAGAUCGUCCAUAUGGAUCGACUGGCGCGUUAUUAUGGGACCAAUAAUGCUCGGGACGAACAUGUCUUAGGAGGGGGCAGUGCUGCGCGCAUUAAUGUCUUGUACAUGGCAACACUAGUUACACUAGCGCCCUCUAGUGUCGAGUAG